AUGUCAAUUCUCAAAAUCAAGAACACGGUCUCGCUUUGUCUAAAUUCAAUGCGAGAUGAGAUUGUGAUACCGCUCAAUCAGCUGGUAAGCUUCAAGGUUUCCUCCUCCUUGCAAAUUUGCAUGAAGCUUUCUCCGGAUUUCGAAAGAGUGUCGGUAGCCCAAUCGGCAGUUUCGAGGAUGGACAUGGACCCGACGAACGGUCUUUUAGAUGGCACGCUUUCAAUCCUACUCACACAUAACAUCGGAGUUUGCCCUCAGGUGUUAUAUCUGAUCGAAGCCGGGAUAAACAGGCUAUGGUUUGAUCGGUUCGAAGUUGCCAACAAAAUGAAACUAAAUUUCAGUCCUCCAUUG